AUCUAUCCACUCAUCCCUAGUUGAAAAUAAUCACCAUUUCCAAACCAGCUGGUCCCUGUGCAUGAGGCCAGAUGGAAGAUCGACAACCAAAUGAAGUCCGUUUAGAUCGCAAGGGAAAGUCCACCGUACCCGCUAUCACAGUUACUCGUCGUGGAGGGCAUCGUGGAGGACAUCGUGGAUCCUUCAGAGGCUUUGAUUCUAGUCGAGGUCGUCCGCCAUAUCGCACAUUCAAUCAAAGAAACUUGAUCCCUCACUCUACCCUGUCUCCUGCGUGGGAUCAUUCGAAUAAAUUUUCUUCAACCUCUUCUCCAUCCAACACACCGGGUCGUUCGCUCGAUCACUUUAAACAGGAGCCUUUGGGCCAUUUAGAACAGUCGGACUUGCGUCCGCCCAAGCGAAUCAAAGUUAAUUCUCAGCAAUUUUCCUCAAGGGUGUCCCAAGGCUCAGAGAGGCACUUUCAGACACGAGGAUUGCCCUAUACGAGCAUUCCUUUACCUUCACAAUGCCCAAAAGUCAUCCUUGGUGAUCAUGAAGCGCAGGCUGUUCUCUCCUCUUACAAAGCAAUGCACAACGAUCGUUCUGUGCCCAGAAAAAUGAGUCAAGCCGUGCAACGUGAUUUGCCUAGCGGUAGGGCGCAUACUGUUCGAAAUGAGCCCCAGUGUGAUAAAAGUGCGAACAACACUCAGGAGGUUGCAAAGGCAAAGAGCUGUGCUUCUGUAUAUGGCGAGGAGACCUCCAAAGUCAGUCCUAUCGUGGGUGCAAGCAGCUCAACUCGAAGACUGCCACAGCUAGCGAAAUCUUCUACGCCCGCGUCAUUGGAAGUUCUAGGCUCCUACUCAACACAUGCAGCAAUACCUCGAAUAAAGGGUUCCGCCAUACCAGGCAAGCAGAGAGCUUUUCCAUCUCGAGUUGUAUCUCCUCCAGAAGAAAUCAUCGACCUUACUGUUGAUCCUCCGGAUACACAUGUGAUUGUUCCCCCUCCCACACUGACACGUUUCUUCCGCUCUGGAGUUCUAAAGAUAAAUUCAGUAUCUUCUAAUGCACCCUCCCCAAUGGAUGUCACAUCUGCGGCGGAACCGAUUGUUAUACCCGACAGUGAUUCCGAUGAUAUUGUUCCACUAAGGGAUCUUAUCAGCACAGGUGGCAGCAUGGUUGCGAAGUCUCUAAAAGAACCAGCUCAAGUAUUCUCCGAGACGUUAGUCAACGGCCCGAACGAGAGUUCUUCAUCAGAUCCUGCUUUGGUGCUCAGCACUAGGCCUGGCCCUUCUCGUCUUCUUCUCGACGCCCACGAUAAGCCGCGCCGCAUACUCAGCGCACAUUGGAAUUCGUCUCUUAUAACCGUAUCUAUGCGCGGUUUCGUCGAGAGCCUGGGUAUGCCUGACCUGGUGCUCCAGCAUAACUUACGAAGGCCAACUGCCCCAACUCAAGAGUCCGUUGAUGACGCGUGUAUACUUCACGCGGGUGAUACGUCAGUCGUCGUUCUGGCCCAUGCACGUGAAGAGAAACAAAUUUCGUACUUGACAUUUCAAACCUCCAGGGGAACAAAUUUUCGCGUUGUCAAUCGUCCUUGGAAUACGACCAAGAAGGGGGGGGCGAGUGUUGUGUCGACAAUGUUGCAACCACUUAUGUUUACCAGUGGAGGUCAUGAUCAUGCCGUUCAUAUUUGGAAAAUUUCCCCUGAUUUUAUGGGCGUCUCCUCGACACUUUUGGCAAUUAAGCACACAUCUGUGAUCCAGUCCCUUCUUCCCAUUCGUGACACUAGUCACAAACUCAUAUCCGCUGGUGCGGACUGCAGUGUCCAUUUAUGGGACCUAUCUCCGGAACGUGUUGUACAUACAUUCAAGACAUCCAAUUCUCCGUAUCACGCACAUAAGACGGAGUCACCUUUCUGCACCUUACUUGAGGUUGGCCAUCGAGAUCUGCAAUUCGAGCUUCGUGAUCAUCGUAUGGUUCCGGAGCAUCCUGCUGAACGCUUUGGCUUUUUCACGACCGAGUUGCAUGGUCGUUUCAUCAAAGGAGAUACUUGGUCUCAUUUUUUCGCCUCGGGAAGCCGCAAUGGUAGUGUGCGUCUCUGGGACUUGCGCAAUGUUCGGGAGCAACUUGCAUCUGUCUCGUGUUUCAGCAAUGACCAGGUGGUGCAGGUGUUGAAGACGGAGUCUGACCUGUUGGCUUUUUCAAAACGCGGUGAUGUGAUGACAUUGAAUCACAAAUAAAAUGAUGAAGUGCGGCACACUCUCGGGCUAGCCUUCGUAGUUCCAGCGAUUAUUACAUUAAUUAUUGUCUAUCGUCAUAUUUUUGUAUACAGAGCAUGGGUAUUGGAACGAUAGGCUUGUAGUACCACGUGAACAUAUCAUUCACCAGCAAUCUCACAAGCACCAAGC